ACACAAGGGAAAGGUGUGCUCAUGAACUCAAGGUACUACCGUGUUGUUGGUAACCAGCAACAGAGAGCAGUCAGCCUCUUACACAGUAACUGCAAACUCUGUGAGGAAAGACACAUUGUCACUUACUGGCCUGAGUGACGGAAGCACCAGCCAUGGGGUUCCACCCCUCAGAGUCUCUUUUGAAGCUGUGUAUAGCACUCCUGUGCAUCAUGCAGGCUAACGGACAAGUAAGUUUUGUGGGUCUCCCGGACACAGUAACCCUAUUACAGAGCUCAACUCAAGGAACCGUUGUUUACACAUUCCCCAUGGAGAACUGCAACAGCACAAACCCUACAGUAACCAUGGAUGCGAGCCCAACUACCAACUUUUUUAACACACCAUCUCUAUCCAUUGCUGGUUUGGAUUACAAUAUAGAGAUCACCCUGAGCAGCACCGUGGCCCUGAAUGCAGAUGUCGUCAACCAGUACAUUCUGACCAUUACAGCAACCUGUGAUAACGAAACAGUCUUCAAUCAACUGUUUGUGAUGAUCAAAAACGAUAUUGUCGAACCUCAGUGUGAACCAAAGUUUUCAAGUCAAGCUGGAGAUACAGUGACGGUUUACUCAAACAUUCCUGCUUCCAGUCCUAUAUACAAAGUUGUAUUACGGCAGCCCAAUAAUGCCCCGGUGACGUACAGCAUAAUACAGCCCAGUCCUUCUGUUUUCGCGAUUUCUACCAGUGGAAGUGUUCUUUCGCCAACUUCUGGCUUCACUAAUGCAGCCAAAACGUACCAGCUCCAGAUCAAGGUGACAGAUUCAUUGGGGAACAGUUGCAAUGGAACCCUGACCGUGGAAGUGCUUCCUGUGUAUCAGAAUCCCAUCAAUUUCACAGUGCAAUCCACAGCAGUAACAAUCAGAGAGAAUACUGGGCCAGGAGCAUAUGUGACAACAAUAACUGCGCAAGGGAACAAUGUUCAAUAUGAAAUGAUAAGUCCCAACUCUGCCUAUUACAUCAAUGCAGAUACAGGAAUCAUUCGUACAACUUUUAACCUGGAUCUGGAAAGGAUUCCAAGUCUGGCUUUCACUACUCUGCAAAUUAGAGCCUAUGACAAGAACCUGCGCAGCAGUAGUGCAAUAGCCACCGUCAAUAUCACCGUGCUUGAUGUCAAUGAUAUGGCACCCUUAUGUACUCCAGCUGUUAUUGUGAACCAGGUCCCUCAGAGCACACCUAUCAGUAAUAUUCUUGCGACGUUGACAUGUACUGACCCAGAUGCGAACAGUACAGCACUUUCCUACAGUGUCACUUCCAACGCCAAUUCCCUGUACUCGUUCCGAAUGCAAUCAAACAAUUUAGUGGUUAACAACACCUUGAAUUAUGACUCUGCAGAAAUAGCCAGCGUAAAUUUCCAGUAUUCAGCCACAAUAGUAGUAACAGACAGCGGCACACCUCAGCUCACCACUAAUAUUCCAGUAUUUAUCACUGUCACCCCUGUAAAUAAUUACGCGCCACAAUGCAUUGGACCCCUUACCUACUCAGUAAAUGAAAAUGCUCCAUUUGGGACUGUGGUAGGCCAACUGAAUGCCACUGAUGCGGACUACAAGUUCAACAAUGUUGAAUUCACUAUAGAAGGCGGUCAAAAUCCACCCGUUUUCUACAUGGACCCCAAAAGUGGAGAGAUUCAUGUCCUUGGACCUCUGGAUUUUGAGACAAGAUCCAGUUACUCACUGAGAAUUAAAGUGGUGGAUCUCAACAACGACAUUAUGCCUGAUCCUGUUAAUCAAAAGUCUACAUACUGCACCAUUACCAUCAAUGUACAGGAUUAUAAUGAUAACCCCCCAGUCUGCAAUCCACCAUAUUACAGCACCACAAUUUAUUCUACCCUUGCAACAACAUCCGAUAUCUUAUCGUUGCAAUGCUCUGAUGUGGAUCCCACCAGCACGUUGACCUAUUCCAUCGUAGGGGGAAAUGUCGACAAUCUUUUUUUAAUGAACGGAAACAGUAUCAGACAUAACCCCUUCUCCUAUAAUCCUGAUGGUGUGUACAACCCUGUAUCCUUUACACUACUUGUCAAGGUGACCGACAGCACCUCCAGCCCUCAGUUCAGCACCACCGCAAUCGUUAAUAUCGAUGUUGUUCCAUGGACCACCACACAGCCUACUACUACAACUACCACCACAACUCCAGAAAAGAAAACCAAGAUUGUCAAUGAAACAUCCACAUAUUGGCAGCCUGAUAUUUGGUUUAUGGUGGUACUGACAAUCACUGCAGCAUUGCUUCUGCUUGCCCUUUCAUUGUUGGCAUGGAAAUUGGCUACAGGGUACCCGAUCUGCGGAAACACCGCAACAGAGGCAACCCAGCCACUUCUACAGAACAAAUCUGUGGCAAAUGUAGAGAAUCCUGUGGAUGCGGCAAAAGAACAGCCUCCACCACCAAGCAAGGAUAAGAAGGAUAUUGCUCCAGUCAGUCCUCUGAGCUUGCAGUUUGAUGGCAGAGCUCAGGAUCCAGUCACCGGGCGCGAGUACCUGUUUAACAGCCACACUGGAGAGAGACGCUGGCUAUGAAGAAAACAAGAGGACAAAAUGGCAGCCAUUUUUGUUCCAGUGUUUGUGAUUCAUUCUGCUUCUUGUUUUGAAACUCUGACAAAUCAUAUUAGACAAAUGUGCACAUUUUGUUGCAAACGUAAUCAUUUUGUAUCAUAUAAAUAUAUUUUAUAACAGAUUUCUAAUAAAAUUGUGUGAUAAAAGCAA